CUUUCCUUCCAGGAAGGACAGCCCAUUUACCUCGCGGUAAAGGGAGUAGUAUUUGAUGUCACUUCUGGAAAAGAAUUUUAUGGAAAAGGAGCCCCAUACAAUGCUUUGGUUGGAAAAGACUCAACACGAGGAGUUGCAAAGAUGUCUCUGGAUCCAGCAGAUCUUACGCAUGACAUAACAGGACUCACAGAAGAGGAACUGAAGUCCCUGGAUGAUAUCUUCAAUAAUGUUUAUAAGGCCAAAUACCCAAUUGUUGGCUAUACUUCUCGACGAAUUCUGAAUGAGGAUGGCAGCCCCAAUCUAGACUUUAAGCCUGAGGAUCAGCCACAUUUCAACAUUAAAGAUGAGUUUUGAGGAACACUUUUGUACCCAGAGAAUGCCUGAGGAGAGGCACGAUAGAAUAUUAGAUUGGUUCCCUGCUUUUUGGAGUUCGUUACAACAAUUAGCUAUCAUGAGUCAGUUUUCUGUUUAGAAAAUAUAUAUGUGUGUACACACAUAGUUUACAUAGUGUUUGUCCUUCCAGGAAACAAACAGAUCUGUAUUCGUGUCAUACACUUGAGCUCUUUGCUCUGAAUUAUGGGAAUUACUAUUUCAUAUGAAAGUUCUUUCUGCCUGGAUUUCUCUGUUUACAAGUGUGUAACGUAAAAUUACAUUUCUCAGAAGAGAGAAGGAAAUUUUUAGUAGCUGAAACAUGACUGGUCUUUUUGUAAACCCCAAGUUGUUUCCCACUCCUUGGAAAAGUGUGAAUGCAUUAUCUGGACGAGCUAACAUCAAUUCUCUGUCCUUCAAGUGAGUGUCAGUAUCACAUGUACAAAGAGGUGUAAUAGAGACUUACAUUUUAAAAAGCAUUGUGGGAUUUAAUAUUUGAUAGAUUUGAGAAUAUUGGAUAUAAAACCACUCAAUCUCUUAAAAUGCAGUUACUGUGGAAUAUUUAUGCAAAGCCUACAGCUGUAAACCAAGAAAAAUAAAUCUCUUUUCCCCAUGAGAACUACUGUGACAUUAAGUAACGCUUAUUAUGUUAGUUUUGAAUAAAUGACACUUCAAUUUUUUUAAGUAAUUAUCAAAGAUGUCACCUAUAUUAGAUUAUGAUGAUUUCCUUCUAGCUUCCUCCACUCUGACAAAAAAAGGACGUGAUAGCCCAAUGCUUACUGCAUACUUUUACAGCACAAGUUUAUUAUAGUAGUUUAGUAUCCUGUGGAUAUUGUUAGCAUCUUUAUAUUGACAAUUUGAGCUCUCAUUUUUAAUUUCUCAUAGUUUUUCUUUGUUCUUACUCUGGCUUCAUCAUUGCUGUUGCACUGAAGUGUGCAUUCGUAUGUUCCUCUUCCUUGUAACCUAAUAUAAAACUGCAGAUCCUGUAGGGUGAAAGCAGACCCCCUUUAUCGAGUUUCUCUGGCAGUCUUUCAGCAACAAGAGGACCGUAAAAGCAUGUACUAUAUAAAUUGCUGCUAACCACUGACUUUCACUAACUUAAGUAGAAUGUAAAUUGUCAUUUAUGUGGAUUUAUCUGACACUGACAGGUUGAAUUGACAUGGAAAAACUGAGCAGCUGCUCCCAAUUCUAUGUUAAUAAUAUAGAUAUAAUAAAAAUACAAUUCUAUGUUUUGUUCUAUUUCUUUAGCAUUUUGGCUAUUUUUCUUUGAAGGAAAGAUUUUAUUAGAUGAUUCUCCACUUUAUGGUUUGCAGGGACAACUGCCUGUCAGUUGUAUAAUUAGAAAAGCUGUUUCUAUUUAUUUGUUCUUUCUUUCACAAUGUUACAGAUUUUACUCUAAACUUGUUUUGUGUCUUACCAUUUUUGCAGGAGGGACUCCAUGGGCCCCCCUGCUG